AUGACACGCCAGUCGCUGCAGCUGGAGCUCGCGGAGCGGCCGACGGGCGCGAUCGUGCCGGGGCGGACGUUCCGGCUCCGGCGGGUGGCCGCGCCGACCGAGGCGGACCUGCGCGACGGCCAGCUGCUGCUCGAGAGCCUGUACGUGUCGUUCGACCCGGCCAUGCGCGGCUGGCUGGACGACCGGCGCUCGUACGUGCCGCCCGUGCGGCUCGGCGAGGUCAUGCGCGCCCAGGCGCUCUGCCGCGUGCUGGCCUCGCGCUCGGCCAGGGCCGCGCCGGGCGACAUCGUCACGGCCCUGAUGGGCAUCCGCGAGGUCGGCAUCCUGCCCGAGGACCAGGUCGAGCCCGCCGCGGCGCCUUGGCGCGGUGCCGGCAGUGCCGGCGGCGGUUUCCGCAUGACGGACCUGCUGGGCGUGCUGGGCCCGACCGGCCUGACGGCGUACUUUGGCAUGACCAAGAUCGGCGCGCCCAGGCCCGGCGAGACGGUGGUCGUGUCGGCGGCGGCGGGCGCCACGGGCAGCGUGGCGGCGCAGAUCGCCAAGAUCGCCGGCGCGCGCGUCGUCGGCACCGCCGGCAGCGACGAGAAGUGCCGCUGGCUGACCGAGGAGCUCGGCCUCGACGUCGCGCUCAACUACAAGGACCCGGACUUCAGGGACAAGUUCAAGGCCGCGACGCCCAAGUACAUCGACGUCUUCUUCGACAAUGUAGUGGGUGGCGAGCAGCUUGACAUGGCGCUGGGUCGCGCCAACAAGAACGCUCGCUUCGUCAUGUGUGGCGCCAUCAGCCAGUACAACUCGCAGACCAAGCCCGGGCCGACACGGAACUUUGCCAACAUCAUCGCCCAGCGGAUCAAGAUGCAAGGCUUUAUCGUCUUCGACUACGCCAAAGAGUACGGCGCGGCGAAGGCGCAGCUUGCCAAGUGGCUGAGCGAGGGAAAGCUCAAGAGGAAGGAGACUAUCAUCAAGGGCGGCGUGGCUGCUGCCGACGAGGCAUUCCAGCAGCUGUUCCAGGGCGGCAACAUCGGCAAGCUGUUGGUCGAGAUCAAGAACCCCGAGGAGGUAGCGCGACUCUGAGAGCGUCUUGGUCUGCAAAGCCGCGUCUUUGGAUGGAGUCGGUCCGUCGCCUUCACCCCAGGCGGAGAAGGCUGGUGCGCGGCAGACCACACUUGCGAAGGGGGGGAGACAUUGCGUGUUUACCUGGAACAGGCGGCGCAACACCUUCCAGCCCCUUACGGUUCGUUUCGUCGAGUUCAGCUGUCGGUUCAGACUACGCUCUGUGCAUACCUAGGUACAUAGUAGGGGCGUUCAUACCCUCAUCCGGCAAAGACAAAAGAGUAAUAAGAAAAGAAUAAAAACCAUCGAAACCCG